UUCACUUAAAAACUAACUUCAUAAUAAAUUUGUUUUGUGUUAUGGCUGCUGAAAUUUUGAUGUUUGCGAGAAAACAAAAAUAAAAUUUCUAGAGUUGUCAAUCACAAGUUUUUAAUAACAUAUUUUCCCAAAUUCAUUGUGUAAUUUGUUAACAAAACCAAUUUUAAUCUAACAAUGGCCGAACAGAAUGCGAAUGAUAACAACUGGUUUGGCUCUUGGAUAAAUGCUGCGAAGAAUAAGGGUUCAGAAGUUCUGGAAUUCGUAAAAAAGGAUUUGGAAGAAUUUGGAUCUGCUGUUAAAAAUGAAGCUACUAAUGUGGUAUCAUCUACCGGAGCUGUACUCGAAAAAACACUUAGUUUGGAUUCUCCGUCUUCUACUGCUAGUAAUAUGAAAAGAAGUUUUAGCUCAUUCCUUGGUCAAAUGAAUAAUGUAUUGAAUCCUAGUCCAGAUGAUUCUGAUGCAGAAAUGUUGAUAGUCGAAAAUUCAGAGACAGUCACUUUAAAUAAAUUUCAGAAAGCUCUAUAUGAACUUCAAAAGGAUCCCGUAACAUAUUUGGAAGAUCCAGACGAGAGUUUAAGAAAACAAUAUAAUUGUUGGCUAGAAAUAAUAGAUGACCAGUUAAAUGACGAUAGAAUAGCUAAACACGUAAAUAGCUCAGAGAUUUUAAAGCAACACUAUGCUAAAUUAGUUCCUGACAUCGUAGAACAUCAAGUUUUCUGGAAAAGGUACUUAUUUAAAAAAGCCCUACUAGAAGACGAUCUUGCGAGACAAGAAGCAUUAGAAAAACGGGAACAGAAAGAAAAACAAGCUACGGAAGAAAAUCUCAAGUGGGACCAAGAUUUUGCCGCAGACAUAGAACUCACAGAAGAGCAACAGAUAGAGCUUUUGGAACAGUACGAAAACGAGAAAAAGGUUAGUCAAAAGUCUUCUCAACAACCAAUAGGAGAAACAGUCGUUUUUAAACAGGAAUCCCCUAAGAGGAAAGGCAAAGGAUCCAAACGGAAGCCGACUACAGAAGCCCAAAACACAGAGGCCGCUACCCCAAAGGAAAACGAUCUAAGCGCGAGUAUAACCAGCACCCCAAGUAGCAACAGUAGCCUAGACUUAGAUUGGGAAAAAAUCAGUGAUACAGAAAAGUAAUUUUAGAGUAACUAAUCUUAUACUUGACUUUGGAAACUUCAACAUGUAGCUGAAUGUGAAUGUUUGUCACAGUAAUAUUUUCCCUAUUGAUAACUACGUACUAUAUCGUACUAGGUGAUGAAAGAUAGUUAACUUGUAUUGCUGGUAUAGUCACCGUAUAAUGCUAACGAAUCAGUAGGGACACUCUGCGAAAAAUCCUUUGUUCUCUAUGUUCCAUUAAAGAAUAUAGACGUAAGUAGAAGAGUACUGCCCUGUAACUUUUCAGCAUAGGAUUUGUGUUCCCACUUAGUAGAAGCCACGUGACAACGACUACUGAACUUGCGCGAUCUCCUCACCAUCGCGGUCGCAAGUUUAUGCAGUCGUCUUUGUACAGGAUUAUCAGCAUCCAAAAUAAGAGCAAGACAUAUUCAUUUAAUUUUUAAAUGUCUUACAAAACAAACGUCACGUUUGUUGUUAAAUAAUUAAGGUGACACCGAUUACUCAACACAAGUGCACUAGUUUCAAUAACGCUUUGUCAGCUAUUCAAUAUUAUUCUUAAUUCACGGCCAGGCCGAGUCAGCAUUAAAAACAUCAACGCUUUUCUAGUUUAUUUAUAGAUAAAGAAACAUCGCGGAUCAUUCUUUUAUCAAUUAUCAUUCGUGAUUCAGAUUAUUAUUAGACGGUUAGACCUCAAACGCACCAACUAGUUACUGUGGUAUUUAUAGUUGGCGAUCCUGCCAGGAUCGCCAUCUAAUAUAACUGGUAUGUGUCACCCUGGGAGCUAAGGGUGGUAAUACUUCAGGUUCUUUUCAAUGUUAAGUAGUUAAGGGAGAAUAAACUUGGCGUUCGUCGAGGUAAGAUGUUUCAUUCUCCCUUAACUACUUAACAUUGAAAAGAACCUGAAGUAUUACCACUCUUAGCCCCCAAGGUGACACAUACCAGUUAUAUUAGACAGUAUUUUAGACACGAGUAUUUUGAAGUAACAAAUAAACGUGACCAUCUGUUCCAUUUAAAGUCUUCUUCUAGGAGGGUAUAUUAUAUUCGUUGGUUCCAUUUUGAUGACGAUGUCACCGAAUUCAUCAAACAAUUUUGUCCUUUGCGCAUGUCAUAAAUAAGUGUACAUAAUGCCUUUUAGGUCCAAAUUAAUUAAAACUCUAUUUCUUGGUUCAGAUACAUUAUAAAAAACCAAUACAGAAGUAAAAACUUCGAGAUGUAUUCUGGUAUAAAAUCGUUUAUUUAAAACUAUAAAAUGUCAUGGAUUGCAAAACGUUUUCGUUCUAAACAGAACAUCUUCAGUGCAUCCUGCCGAGUAUUUUGAAACUAGCACACUGUAAAUAGUGUUAACAUCAUCGUAUAUGGUUUACAUAAUGUAAUAUAUUAAAAUGUUAUGACUACAAGUCGAUGUUGAUAGAUAAAGUGGAACACAUGCUAAAAGGGUGCCAUGGUUCCCUGCUCGAAGAUGCUAGGUCUAGUCCUGUACUGUGUUCUCAGUUGGUCUGUGCCCAUUGAAUUGGCAAGUACCUAGCAUCUUCGAGCAGGGAACCAUGGCACCCUUUUAGCAUGUGUUCCACUUUAUCUAUCAACAUCGACUUGUAGUCAUAACAUUUUAAUAUAUUACAUUAUGUAAACCAUAUACGAUGAUGUUAACACUAUUUACAGUGUGUUAGUUUCAAAAUACUCGGCAGGAUGCACUGAAGAUGUUCUGUUUAGAACGAAAACGUUUUGCAAUCCAUGACAUUUUAUAGUUUUAAAUAAACGAUUUUAUACCAGAAUACAUCUCGAAGUUUUUACUUCUGUAUUGGUUUUUUAAACUAUGGUAUACAGCCAACUAUUGGGAUUUUCCCAUUGAUUUUUUUAGAUACAUUAUAUUUACAAUCCACACCAUCAAUGGCUAACCAUAACAACGUGUUUACAUAUAUAACAGUAACGACCUACCUUUACAUUAAUUAAAUACUGAGUACAAUAACAAUAUCUAUAUCAUGGGACGUUCACUUAUAUAUAGAUUAAACUAUUGCAACAUCACGCGCUGCCUCGGUCAUGGUCGAUCGAGUAUAUUAUUUACUUUGGUUAUUGACUUUGAAUAAAAACAUCUUUUUUUAUACAAAGUGUUAUUAUAAUAGGUUUGUUCCAACUCGAUACAAAACCCUUCUUGAACGGUUACGGGUAUGCGCAGUAGCGAAAAAUGUGUUACUUCGCAUAAUUAUUCGUUAUUGCGCAUACGCGUAACGAUUCAAGAACGGUUUUGUAUUGAGUUGGAACAAACCUAAUACCACACGCAGAUGAAUGACAGUUAACGACAUCCUACGUUUGCCGUGAUUGGUCGCUACCGGCGCGCAUUUGCCGUGAUUGUUCGUUCUCGUCGCGCAUUCAAAAUUUUGUCUGAGGAGUGGAUUGCAAAAUUGGAACCUUCAAAAUCGAGAGUGACCUUACUGAUUCGUUAGUAUUGUACUGUGGUAUAGUUCAGACAGGAUCUGUUUUGAGGUGAAUAUUUUUAGAUGAUCACUAGAUUUUUGCUGGAAAGUGUCUUUAAUUGAGUCAAGGAACAAUACUAUCGAGGUGCGUCUCAUAAAAAUUGUAAAUAAAUACUUGAAAAGUAGAAGCGUAGCAGUUACGAUGCAAAACCAUGUUUUUGUGUUUUUUAUAUUCUUCUUCAAGAUUUAAACCAUUCAGUUGUUACCUCAGUCUUUAAUGACUGAUGAAAUGAGAUAAAAAAUAUAAAUUUUACUCUUGGAAUUUGGGUAAGUGUAUAUGAAUCAAUGAAAAGAGAAAACAAAACUUUGUUUUAAUAUUUUUUUCUUACAAUUCUCAAUGCAUAUACAAGGGAAAACAGGUAACUCUCAACCAUUUUAUUGGUUAAAUAACUUUUUGGCAGUUCCUCGUGUCUUUGUAAGGUUCUGGCCAAUACUCUUCCCUCCUGUAUGCGGCAGUUCAAGUAUCAAGAUUUGCUUCAGCUUCCUGUGAAUUGACUGUUGAGUAGUUAGCAUAUCGAAAAGUGUCAGUCACUUUUCGCAUAGAAUUUCAUCCGUUUUAUAAGUCUUGUCUUCAUUAGAGCUUUCUAAAGGUAAACUGGUUUCACAUAACAGUACUUACUUUACUAGUUCCUCUUCGAAAAGACGUAGUUUAUAUCUUACAGAUUUGUAGACUUCAAACCAAUCUUCUAUAAUGUAUGUCUUGGGAUUCGGAUUCACCAUAUCGCUGUCUUUGUCAAAUUCAACCAAAGUGCGACCUCUCUUGGUAAAAACACUGAUUACUGUGUCAAAUCUUUUUUAUACAGACAAGAUAGUUCAAGAACCUGAAGACAAUACAGUUUUUAUGCUGACCACAGCACGAGUCUUUGAAAAUUGUGAGUUGGCAUACUAUUUCUGAUAGUACGUCAUCUCACUUCAGUGACCGCUGUACAUUUAAAAAACAGAACAUUAAGAAAAUUUUAGCUCCUUCAUUUUUUUUUUGGUAAUCUAUGAGGAUCCCUGCAAUUAGGAAUAACGGGAUGAACUACAUCCCACGACUGGUUCUGGACCAAAGUAGGAAUUUGACCUGAUCCCCUCACAAUCUAAAAUGAGAAUCUUAAUCUUCCUUUUUCUCGCGACCAUCCAAGCCAUCGCGACCAUCUUAACCUUCGACUUUCUUUCUCUCUCCCGAUUGCGCAGAACUCAGUUUUUAGAUGCAUUUGUUACUGAAAACAAACAAUUGGAGUAUGUUUGUUUUUGAGACGCAAUUCUAAAACUGUUACAUAGGAACUUAUUGGAUUUAAAGAGAGAACGAAUUCGAAAGUAGUGCUACAUCCCGAGACAAGUUUGGCUAUGUAAAUAAACAUUUGGAUUUUGUUUAUUGUCGUUCUGAAGAUUUUGAGAUGCAAUUCGAAUGUUUAUAAAAAAACUCUCUUUCAAAGACUUGGAAGAGGCAAAUUAAAACCUUAUACAGGAUGGGAAAAAAUGCUACAAUAUACAUAAAAGUCAGGUUACAGAUAUAAACUAGUCUUCAAAAAUAUUAGAAGUUAGUUUUAAUGUUGCUAACUAAUUCCGUCUUGUGCAAAAUUUAACUAUAAAACUUAGUAAUUUUUCACGCAUUUACAGUUUUGAGGUGCAUAUCGAUAUUAUUCUUCUCUGUAUCAUUCUGUGAAUACUUUAAAGAUGUCAAAAUGGUCUACUUUUAGGCAGAUCCAGACUGGACUAGUAUAUAUCAAUAUAAUUCAUCACAAACUUAAAUUUAAGCGGCUUUAUAAUUUAUUGAUUCGUUUUACAUAAUGUAUUUUUAUAAUAUCAAUUAAAUUGAUAGAUAGUUGGUCGUAGCAUUCAAUGUUUUAUAUCAUUUUCUACUGGUAUCAUUUACACUCUAAUCAUUUUAAAUGUGUGAAGACCUUAAAUACCAAGCCUGUUAUCAUAUUAUGUAACUUAACGAAGUUUUUUUAUUGAUUUAUGUACAUAAAUUUAUUUUUACUAACCAUCACUGACUAACACAGUUUUUGUCUAAAAAUCUUUACUUGUCUUAAAAUUUCUCGUUAGAUAGGCACACAUGAAGAUUUUCAAAAUAUCUAGCCCGCUAUCCGAGUAUAUCAUCUCUGUUCAGCAAAUCCGAUCUGCCAAAACAUUUUCAACAGCAUUUUUGAUGGACAAAAGAAUAAUUAUUUUGGUGAAAGUGCUACAUAUCCAAGACAAAUAUAUUUCCAUAGUCAUCAUCAUCAUUGUCUGACGACCUAAAUUGACUACAUUCGGUCUUGUUCUGUGUAGCUUGAUGCCAGUUGACAACACCGAUCUUUCUGUUAUCUUCAUCUACAAAUCUACACCAUCUCAACCUUGGCUACUUCUUCGUCUAGUUUCCUCUGGCUAGAUGUCCUGUCUUCUGCAGGCGUCUAAUUCUUUAUACUUAUUGUAUAGUUCCAAGUUAUGUCCAUGACAGGUUCCAUUUCCAUUUAUUGGACUUAGUAUUUUCCUCAGGACUUUCCUCUCGAAUAUUAAUAGCUCGUUUUCAUCUGUUAGAAGACACCCAUGUCUCACAACUGUGUAUAGACAACAGUGGAUACCGUUGAAAUAGUUCCCAUGUAUCCAGAUUUAGCCAUAUCGGUCCCACUCACACUAAGAGUUCACUCAAACCAAAUAUCUACGGUAUCAAAAAAAUUAGCUCUGGUGGAGCUCUGUCCGUGUUAUCGAGACCUAGGUGACUUGAUAUGCUGGAGUAUCUCCCAAAUAUUUUCGUAGACAUCUGGACGUCGAGAGUAGUACAGCUUUCUGCAUGAUCUUAUAGAGGUGUUUAUUCAGACUCAGCUUUUUUAUGUUUCCUAUGAGGUUCUUAGGAACGAAUCCAGUAAAAGAGAUAAUAAUAGAUAUUGUCUGGGUACGUUCCAUUCUCCACUGUCUUCUUAUUUAGAUUUCCAGAAAUUUGUACUUGUAAAGUUUGUUUUGCAGUAAAUGGUUGACUUCAAUUAGUGCGGUCGUAAAUAUUAUUAAAUUUAUCUGACUUGCCCCAUUGUUAAGACCGGUCUUGAGCGAUAAGCAAGCGAGGUAGACAGAGUUGGUCUUUUGACAAUUAACACUGACUAGACGGUACUCCUAUAAUAAAGCAAAGGAUCCACAAAAUUUACAAUAAUUACGACGACAAAAACAAAAAAACGGAUGUAAAAACCCUCUUAUCAGUACAGUUUCGUCAAUAUAAGCCUUAUCUGUAUUAAUGAAAUUAUAAUGAGUUUGAAUUGUACGCAAUUAAAUCAACAUUAAGAAAUGAAGAUUGACAAAUUUUACCAGGAAACAUAUUUAAAUUUUACCUGAAACCGGGCCUUUUAUACUAUUAUCGGUUAACCCAGGAUGUUUAUAGUCUGUACUAAUUGAAGUCAACCAUUUACUGCUAAACAAACUAUAAUCUUUUCUUUGCAUUUAAUACGCAGAUUAUUGUUGGUAUGUAUCGCCACAUCAAUUAGUGUUGUUUGUCUCGGUUAUUUAUUAACUAAUAUGAGAUCUGGUCUAUUACGUGUCAUUGUUUGGUCUGUGAGCACAGUGCGGUCCCAGUAUAAGUUGGUAGGUCUCAUUCUCAGGAAUGUAUUGAUAAUAUAAGAGAUGGUGGGUUUGGAGAACUUCCAGUUUGAUAUCUAUCUCUUGAUGAAAGAUGUUUUCAAGUGAAUCAUGUGAAUCUUAAUUCAAUUGCAGCAAAUACCUGACAGCCCCGGUAAGAUGUUGCAUGAUUUCUUAGAUUUGACAUCCAAAUCAGCAUUUGUCGUUUUGAAUCUGAAGGUCUUUGAGGAUAUAUUUCAGGUAAUUUUGGCUCGUAUAACCUCAUCCUGUUUCAAGAACCUUCUAAAGAGGAAAACUCACGGAACUUAGCGCUACAUUCUGAGUGAAAUAAAAAAAUUUAACAGGAAAAAGAUAAAAACUGAAGACGGGAUUCAACCCAACGUGAAAUAGAUUAAACGCAACCUGAAAUAGAGAAAUUUCUGUCAAAAUUUGGUAUUUACCAAAUGCUAAAAUUUAUUGUACUGUGGAUCGUCUCGUAUUUUGCCACAAAGUAUCGGUAAAGUGACACGCAUCAAAGAAAAAAUAAACACGCUUCAAGAUCUGUCAACUGGCCAACCGAGCGUACAAUCAGUGUCGUAUCUCAGCAGAAACUCGCCGUUGCCGUUGUUAUGACUCAGCGUGUAUCCGUCCCAAGCUCCAGUGUUGCAGAAGUAUACGUAAUCAAUAUACGUAACCAAACAGUUAUUGUUAUUUAUGUAAAACUAGUUAAGAUUCCACAAAUUUGUUCCACUAAAUUUUUUCAGGUAUACAAUCCUGAUUUAUGUUUAUUAUGAUAAUAUCAAACACCAACUAUGAUGAGGUUGGAGCCAGUUAUGCAAAUGUUGUAUUUUCUCAUUGAGUCACAGGAUUUCUCCUGUCUCUACAUGUAACAUUAUAAUCAACGCACAUAGAAGCAUACAUCAACGUAAUUUUUUGGUAUGUAUAUGCUGUGAGGGAGCAUUUUACUUUUUACUUUUGUUCCCGCAACACCAGAGUGAUCCCCCCUUAACCACCGCACGGUCCCUGGUCCACGAACUACUUCUUCAAGUGCUAUCUCUGCGAAGGAGGUCGGCAAUCAUCAUAGCUAUUCGACUGUAGAGACAACUGCUCUGAAAAGUUCAUUUAAUGUACAUCCGUAUCAGUCUCUCAGGUUGCGCUACCAUGAUGUUCUACGUCUCCCUAUGCUUCCUUUUUCCUUGGAUCUUUCUCUGCAUAAUGAGUUGUAUCUCUCUCCUCGUGUAAUAUGCCAAUUUUCUGGCUUUGACUGGAUUCAAAACUUCUAUUUCUUAUUCAUCUUCCUCAGAACUUCGUUGUUUGUGGCGUGUUCUGUUCAUGACAAAUUAUUACUGCUUCUAAAAUAUGAAAGAGUAUAUUUUUUUGUAGAAAGUAAAAUAUUAUUUUAACUUUUAAUACUUUUUACUAACUGAACCUUUUUAGAACUACAAACAAUAUUGUGAGUCAAAUUUUUAAUUUAAAUAUGUAGAAAUCUACAAAUAAUAGAAUAAGGUGCGGCCUACAAGAUCAACUGUCAUCAACACGCCUAACUUCACGCACAACUUUAAUACAUCCAAAAUGCAUGGGCCCCAAGUUGGAUACGACCCUAUCAUAUUCACAGCAACUCGCAUACAUAAUAUUAAGAAAAAUAAAUAUAUAGAAUAUGUAUUACAGAAAUUGAAUUAAUGAUGUAUCAAAUUUGCGCAUGAAGUUAGGCGUGUUGAUGACAGUUGAGAUUUUGGGGGCGACCCAUAUAAUACAGUUUAUGCAGCCGCCAUCUACAGGGAUAUUUUGAAGUAUACUAACCGAGACCAUUUCUACCAUUUGAAAUGUACUUCUAUAUGCGUCUAUAUUCGCUGUUAUAACACUGUAACGUUUUUAGGAAAAUAAAAGAAGAAUCGUCGGCAAUUCACAAAGUUUUAAGUUUAAUAUUAAGAUAAUAUACAUACAAACAAAAUAAAAGAACUGUGCCAGAUAUAAAAUUUACUUUUUUUCGUCAAAUAAAUAGAAAUGUGUGACUUUUAACACAAUUUGUUCUAUAGUCUUUUCAGCCUUUUCAAGUCGUGUUCUUUGCACGUUAAAUAUUUCCUUCUAGAUCAAUUUUAAAAGGAAUUAAAGUUUAUUCAACGUGAGUUCUGAAUAGUAUAAAAUCAUAAAACUACUAAAAGCCACAGUUACAAUGCAGUGCAGGUAGCAUAGAGCAAUGUAUUUCUUACGGGAGAACGGCCGACCACGUUGCCGAUUUGUCCUGAGCGGCGCAUCAGGACAGGUGAUUUCUCAGUCUACCGCCAAACUACCACGCACCUACCAUUGCUGCGCGUCGUAAGACCAACAUUGCAGUCUAAUUGUGGCUUCUACUUUAGUUCACGGGUUUUCACCUAUAAAUUAUAAAAAAAUUUUGCAGUUUUUUCUGGUAGUUGUUCGUCUAAAGAUACUAGAAUACAUGUAAAUAACUUUAACUAUAAGAUAUAUAUCUAGUUUCCAAUAUCUUAAGGCACUCGGGUACAUGUUGUUCGAUCUAAGCUCUCGAUUACAUUUAGAGACCAAGAGCUAGUCGACCCUCCGAGUAACAGUAUGUCUGUAAGACUAGAAAUUCUUAUACUGAUGAGUCAUAGCAUUCUAAGUACGGUAGCCAUUACCUGGCACGUAUCAGCCUUGCACAUCAUCAUCCCCUAUAUUUGUGAAAGUGUAGAAAAAAUUUGAAAAAAAAAACUUAUUUUAAACUUUAAAAUUUUGAAAAAAUUUAGAAACAAAGAAUCUACAUAUCCCUCUUUCACUACAGUGUUUAUAAUCCGGAGCAAAGCACAUUACCAUUUUUAUUAUUCAAAAUACAAUGGUUCACAAAAGUUCCUAACAUUUGCUUGGUGAUAAUAUCACUAAAAAAACUAUUUCAUAGAAAUUUAAGACCGAAUUAUGGUGGUACUAUCAAAAAGCACUAUACGUAAACAGAAAAAGCAACAGAGGAAGCAAAAUUUCAACUUUAUAGGAAUUGAAAAGGUUUAAGAUUGUAUGUAUUGAUACAUUAGCACAAAAUUAAUAGUAAAAUUUUAAAUAAUCCCUUGUUUUUGUAUCACACAUAAAGCAUACACAUAAGAUCUUUCCCUGCGACGUCAGAGUGUACCACGUGACCCAUAAUCAUAGUUAACACUCCCAGCGGAGAUGACACAUCUUUCGGUUUACCUGACAGGUUCUCAUCGAAAAUGCCUGUCAAUUUUUUUAAACUUCACAAUGAAAAAACAAAAUUGUAUAAAAGUUUCAAGCUGACAAGUUUUUUUUUCAAAUUUUUUUCUAAAUUUUCAAAAAUAUAGGGGAUGAUGACGUGCAGGGCUGAUGCGUGGCAGGUGAUGGUUACCGUACUUAGCUAUGACUCUUCACUAUAAGAAUUUCUAGUAUUACAGACAUACCGUUAUUCGGAGCGUGGACUAGCUCUAGAUUACAUUUAAGGGCCCUAUCUAUAAAUUAAUAUAUUUUAUAUUUAUCCGCAAAUAUUUCCGAGUUUAAUAUUUACUUUACAUUGUGAGAUAAUUAAUACUUAGUUUACUUGUUAAUGUUUUAUUUUGUAUUUAUUUUGGUAACUCGGUACUGAAUUUUUGUUUUUUUAAAAAUUGUGUACCUAGUCCUAUUAUGUAUGAUACUAUAUUUUAUAAAAUGUUUGAUGAAAAAUAUAAUAUUGCUAAAUA